AUGGGUCGCCGUGCAAACUACCUCACACUUGCCGAUCGGAAAGCUUCAAAGGUUGUCAGAGAUGCUAAAUAUGUGUCCAGCAUGCGUGGUCAAGCCCAGCGCAGAUUGACCAGAUCGGCCAGAAAGGACAAGGAACUAGAGGAGAUGAGGACUCUACCUGACACUGUUACACCCCCCCAGCAGUUGAUCGACUAUGGGACACGCGCAAUACCCACAGAAAAUGAAUUUUUCCAACGUGCAUUUUCAGAUCCUGGAACAUUGGAUCUGUCGGAUUGUAAUCGGUGGCUUGGCAUACCUCCUUUCAUUUCCAUGCAGGACGACACUCCUACUCACUCACCCGACUACCGUGCCUACACUUCAAAUCUGAAGAAUGUCAUGCAUGGAGUUCGAGCUGGCCUCCAGCAGUCCAUGGACGCAAAGAGCCGCACGCUCUUUGAGAAGGGACAAAUGAAUCGUCUGGCAGACGAUGCAGGCGAAGCUAUUGCACGAUGGGAGAAGGCAUACAAGCUGAGAGAGCAGGGACUUUACCGUGAGGAUGAGUUCUCACGGGAGUAUGAGAUGUUGGAACAUUUUCUGCAGUGGGAGGCGAGAGGUUACUUGACACUAUAUAACAUGGCAUUCUUGUCUGAAUGA